GGCCCGGCGGAGCAGUCUGUCGCUUGAGCGUUCCCCCGCGCACAGCUGCGCUCGGGACGCGGCGCCAUGAGGCUGAGCCCGCGCGCCCUGUGCGACGCCGCCCGGGCCGCUUGGCGGGAGACCUUCCCCCUGGGCGGCCGCGACGUGGCGCGCUGGUUCCCGGGCCACAUGGCCAGGGGGCUGAAGAAGAUGCAGAGCAGCCUAAAGCUGGUGGACUGUAUCAUCGAGGUGCAUGAUGCCCGGAUCCCACUUUCAGGCCGCAACCCUCUGUUUCAGGAAACCCUUGGGCUUAAGCCUCACUUACUCGUCCUUAACAAGAUGGACUUGGCGGAUCUGGAGGAGCAGCAGAAAAUUAUACGACACUUAGAAGGAGAAGGGCUAAAAAAUGUCGUUUUUACCAACUGUGUAAAAGAUGAAAAUGUCAAGCAGAUCAUCCCGAGGGUCACGGAACUGGUCGGGAGCAGCUACCGCUAUCACCGAGGAGAGAAUCUAGAGUACUGCAUCAUGGUGAUCGGGGUCCCCAACGUGGGCAAGUCCUCACUCAUCAAUUCCCUGCGGAGACAGCACCUCAGGAAAGGAAAAGCCACCAGGGUGGGCGGCGAGCCUGGGAUCACUAGAGCUGUGAUGUCCAGAAUUCAGGUGUGUGAGCGGCCCCUGAUGUUCCUGCUGGACACUCCUGGGGUGCUGGCGCCUCGGAUUGAAAGCGUGGAGACGGGCCUAAAGCUGGCCCUGUGUGGAACCGUGUUGGACCACCUGGUCGGGGAGGAGACCCUGGCCGACUACCUUCUCUACACCCUGAACCGGCACCAGCUCUUCGGGUACGUGCAGCACUACGGCCUGGGCAGGGCCUGUGACGAUGUCGUCAGCGUGCUGAAGCACGUGGCUGUGAAGCUAGGGAAGACACAGAAGGUGAAGGUGCUGACUGGCACAGGUGAUGUGAAUAUCGUUCAGCCCAACUACGCUGCAGCAGCCCGAGACUUCCUCCACACCUUCCGCAGUGGGCGGCUGGGCCCCGUGAUGCUGGACCGGGACGUCCUGCAGAGCCUCCCCGAGGCAGGGGCUCAGGGCCACCACCCUGCCGAGAUGGACCCCUGAACUGGUCACUCCC